AAUGCUGCGUUCUAGUGCAUGUCUGAACUAGGAAACUUAGACUAGUUGAACGCGGCACUUGUACAGCUACAACCACGCAGUAAUUGGGGUUAUUUCAGAGUUUUCUAGUUCCGACUAGUACAUGAACGCUGCCAAACGAGGUGCUAUCGUUGCAACGUGAAGCAUUGUGGGGCAGAGGCGCAUUUGUGACAGCGAAGAAUUGCUCAAGUGAAUAUCGGAGGCAGAGGAGUUAGCUAAUAUUACCUUCACGUUGAUAACGUAUAGCACUAAGCCUCAGUAUCUAUCGUUAGACAUGGGGCAGGAGGAGCUCAUGAGUCAAGCUGAAGAUGUGGCGGACCAGUUCUUGCGAGUGACUAAGCAGUACCUGCCUCACCUGGCCCGGCUGUGUCUAAUCAGCACCUUUCUGGAGGACGGCAUACGCAUGUGGUUCCAGUGGAAUGAGCAGAAGGACUACAUUGAGGCCACGUGGGGCUGCGGCUACUUCCUGGCCACCUGCUUCGUACUGCUCAACCUCACAGGACAGCUUGGUGGCUGUGUCCUUAUCCUCAGUAGACAUUUUGUACAGUAUGCCUGCUUUGGAUUAUUUGGAAUCAUAGCUUUACAGACGGUUGCAUACAGUAUUUUAUGGGAUAUAAAAUUUCUGAUGAGGAACCUUGCCCUGGGCGGUGGACUCCUGCUGUUACUAGCGGAGUCGCGUUCAGAAGGGAAGAGCAUGUUCGCUGGCGUCCCCUCCAUGGGGGAGAGCUCGCCAAAGCAGUACAUGCAGCUGGGAGGGAGAGUCCUGCUGGUGCUCAUGUUCAUGACCCUGCUGCACUUUGACCCCAGCUUCUUCUCAAUCCUCCAGAACAUGGUGGGUACGGCCCUCAUUAUCCUGGUAGCCAUCGGCUUCAAGACCAAGCUGGCAGCCCUGACCCUGGUAAUAUGGCUGCUGGCCAUCAACAUCUACUUCAACGCCUUCUGGGCGGUGCCCGCCUACAAGCCCAUGCAUGACUUCCUCAAGUACGACUUCUUCCAGACCACGUCCGUCAUCGGAGGGCUGCUGUUGGUCGUAGCACUGGGGCCCGGCGGGGUGUCCAUGGAUGAGAAGAAGAAGGAGUGGUAGGGAGAGGGGGAUACACAUUUUUCUGGCCAACCACAUCCACAGCAACCUCCCCCUCCGCCACUCUGUCUCGUCCUUUCUUUUCUUUUUUCACAUUGUUUUCCAGCUGCUGUUUUGAGUUCAAUAUGGUUGAUACUGGAUUUUUUUAUACACCUAUUUAUGUCUGCUUUAUUUUGUGGCAAGAGAGAACCCCAGCUGAUUUUGAAUAAGUUGUCGAAGUGUAAGGUAACUAAUGAGUUACAGUGGAGUUUAAAAAAAAGUUGUUGCAGAAGGUAUGAAUAUCCCAAUGUAUUUAUGGAUGUUACCAUAACCUUUAAGAAAUAACCUGUUUUUUUGGGAACAGCCAAAAAACAGGAAGUUGGUAAAGGUGUAUCAUCAGUUUGAUUGCCAAUGAAAACACCAAUCUUUUCCUGCUUGGAUGUUGGACUAUCUGUGACUUGCUCAUCAUAUCAAUCCUGAGACCGCAGGCACUGAAUACGAUACAAUUCUCCCUCACUCUAGGUUGCCAUCUUCCCCUCGGGAUGAAUUGCGGGGGGUGUGUACAUUGUAUACUACUAUUCAAAAUGGUGGAUUGAAGUGUGCUUGAUUUAAUAUUGAAACCCAAUUGCUAGCACCUGAAAUCUUUUUGGGCACUUUGUACUGUAUGUCUUGCGCAAAUGCCUAGUAAAAACUAGUAACUGUAUUUUAACAGGGCAAUAGGGGGAGCUCAACAUUUUUGUAAAACACCAUAUUCUACAAUCUAGAGAAGCAAGUAGAACUGGACAGUCCGUGAUCACCAGACAUUGUAUUUGCUCAUGUUUAUGUUCUAUACUGUUUAAGAAAAGAGAAAUAUUAAGUAUUGAUUUUCAGAAGUUUAUAUUGUAUUUUUGAGUAUUUGUUUUGUUUUUACGAGAUCAUGGCGAAGAAAUAAAUAUCUGUUUGCUCUCA